AAGAGGAAACCCGGCGCGAGGCAGUGCGGAGUUGCGCGAAGAGGAGCAGGUGUAAGUCCUUCAGCGCUGGGAUGUCUCUGCAGGCUGAUUUUGACAGAGCCGCCGAAGACGUGAGGAAGCUGAAGGCACGACCUAGUGAUGAAGAAUUGAAAGCACUCUACGGGCUGUACAAGCAAGCCAUUGUUGGGGACAUUAAUAUCGCAUGUCCAGCAAUGUUAGACUUAAAAGGCAAGGCCAAGUGGGAAGCGUGGAACCUCCAAAAAGGGUUGUCAAAGGAUGAGGCCAUGCGUGCCUACGUUUCUAAAGCUAACGAGCUGAUUGGAAAAUAUGGAAUUUAGAAACCAGCAGAGCAGAGGUUUUUCCUCCUGGAACUUUCACGGUGAAGGUAUCACAAGCUAACAUUGAAUGGCAAAAUGUGUUCUCUAUUAUUCUGUAUUUUUGCUAUUAACAUGAUUUAUAAUACUUAAUUAGGAAUAUUGUGUAACUGGACACUGAUUAAAUUUUACUUGAUAAAUCGGGUGACUCUCAAGUUAUU